AUGGAUCGCCGGAGCUGGCCGUGGCGCCGCAAGUCCAUCUCGGACAAGGCCCCCGCCCCCACCGAAACCGACAGCUCCGCCUCCUGCCCAUCCGAGACUUUAACUGAUGAACAGAGUCCUACACGCCUCCUCCUUAACAGAUCAUGCAACAUGUGCCGCCCAGAGAAAAAUGACAAGGCCAUGUGGCAUGGCAAACAUGAUACCACCCUCAAGAGUUCCCCGAAAUCGCCCGAGGUCGCAUCCGAGGAAGCACAGGACAACAGCAAUGUGAAAGUCAAGGUGCUGAGCGAGAGGCUGUCCUCUGUGGUAUCGGAUAUUCGUGCGAAAGAUGAUCUCGUCAAGCAGCAUUCCAAAGUUGCCGAAGAAGCUGUUCUAGGAUGGGAGAAGGCCGAAAACGAGAUGGCAUCGCUGAAAGCCCAGCUGAAUGCUGCAACUGUCAAGAACUCAACGCUGGAUGGCGCGCUCAAGGAAUGCGUCCGGCAGCUCCGGCGCGCCAAGGAAGAGCAGGACCAAAAGGUCCAGGGCGCGCUGGCACUGCAGUCUCGGCAGUGGGAGUCGGACAAGACCGACCUAGAGCUGCGGAUUGUCGAGCUCAAGGCCAAGCUGGAAGCCAAGUCGGAGCGCUCGGUGACCAGUGACGGCGAUGCCAGCUCCAGGCUGGCCUCUUUGGAGAAGGAGAAUUCGGCUCUCAAGGCGCAGCUGCUCGCCAAGACGGAGGAACUGGGGCUCAGGACCAUCGAGAAGGAGCUCAACAGGAGGGCGGCCGAGGCGGCCAGCAAGCAGCAGCUCGAGAGCAUCAGGAAGGCGGCCAAGCUCGAAGCCGAGUGCAGAAAACUGCAGGCCACUGCACGCAGACCCUCCUUCAGCAGCGACCUCCGGCGCACCCCGAGCUCCCUCUGUGCCGAGUCGGUGACGGACUGCCAGUCGGACUGCUCCGACUCAUGGGCAUCGGCUCUCAUCACCGAGCUCGACCAGUACAAGACCGAGACGAGGAGUGCAAGCCUAGCAACCGCAGUCGACAUCGGUGUGAUGGAUGACUUCCUUGAGAUGGAGAAGCUUGCGUCAGCCAACGGCGCCGUCUCGAGGAGCAGCAGUUAUGCCGAGGACACCGGUGGUCAGCUGGUGAAGCUAGAGGAGAAGGCCAGGAAGCUGGUGGCCGAGAAGGACAAAGCCUUGCACGAAGCCCAGCGCGAGCUGAGGGCUUGCCGCCAUCGGGCAAUGGUAGCAGAGGAGAGAUCAUGUGAGAUGCAGAGGCAGCUAAAUCUCGUCAAUGGAGAGAGGCAUGCCAUGGAGGCCGAAAUGCAAGACGCGGAGAGGAAGAGGAACGAUCUGGAGGGCAGACUUGAGCUGGCCCAUGGCGAGAUCACGAGCCUGCUGGACAAGGGGCGCAUCCUGGAGGAACGGCUGGACUCGGAGAAGGCGCUAACGCUGGAGCUCGCGGCAAAAUAUCAGCAGAUGGAUGAGCUCGAGUCGGAGACGAAAGAGCUGCGUGCUCAGCUCGAGUCCGACGCCAGAAAAUACAGCGACAAGAUCACCCUGCUAGAGAGGAGGCUCACAGAGAAAUGCCCUGCCGUCGAUGCUCUGGAGGCAAAGAUCAAGGGUGCAGAGAUUGAGCUGGAGCUGGCAGGACAAGAAAUCGUGUCAUUCCAAAAGAAGGUGCGUGGCCUGGAGCAGCAAGAUAAGGCAUUGUCUGUUGAAUCCGCAAAGCGGUGCCGUGAUCUCCAAGCACUGGAAGCAGAGAGAGAUGAGCUCAGAUCUCAACUCCAGGCCGCCAAUUCAGAUGCCUUUGCCCUGAAUGAGAAGGUUAACACGCUUGAAGAGACUCUGGAGAAACAAGGGCCGUUGAUUGCACAACUGGAAUCUCAACUCAAGUCGGCGCAAGCUGAAAUCAAGAGCUUGAAGGAGAAUGCCGGGCAGUUGGAAAUGAAAUUGGAGACGCAGAAGAACUUGUCAUCAGCCUACAUAACUGCACUGGAUGCUUCCGAAGCCCAGAAGAACAAAAUGACGAGCCAGUUAGAGCUCAAAGAGAAAGAAGCAGAGGAAUCGCACAGAAAGAUUUACUUGCUUGAGGAACAAAUUCUCAAAGAGAGAGCAGAAUCGUCGGAGUUCGCCGCACAAUGCCAUGACUUGAAACAGGAAUUGUGCAGCAGAGCUCCAGGUCAUCAGCCAAAACCAAUGGAAGUGAAACCUAUGGCAAGUACAGACCUGCACAUCACAAAGGAGAAAGAGUUAGCUCGUGCUGCGGGGAAACUAGCAGACUGCCAGAAAACAAUAGCGUCACUGAGCGCGCAGUUGAAAACCUUAUCUAACUUUGAUGAAUUCAUCAUCCCUGAUCCUGGGGUUGAGAAUCAUGACAUCGCCUUAGCUGAAAGCUGGGAUGGCGAUCUCAAGCUGUUUGAUUCAGCAAGUUAUCCAGCACAGUUGGGCUGUUUGGCGGCCACAUGA